GAUAGUUCAGAAGAAGACAAGUUUGUAGGACAUUCCAAGAAAAUCAGUUUUCAACUUUUUUUCUCACAUUCCUCGUCAUGACGAAUGUGAGACGUGAAUUGCUCAGAAGAAUUCCAGCACCAUGUUAUGACAGGCUGCAGCUCUUGCGUGAACAUGAGACGACCCAUGACUGGAAAAGGGUCAAAUUCGUCACAUAAGUGUCUAUAUUCGUCUCCUCGUCCUCCUCCUUGUCUGUCCCUCCUGUACGGCCUAUGGAUGGCAGGCGGUACAUUUGUCGCCUUGCUUCAUGUGACUCACUCAUAUCCGCCGCCAGCUGCUCCCACGGAUCCGAAACUGGGAGAAAUUCCAUCAAUCGUCCCACGCCCGUCGGGAAUGAGACUCAGAAACCUCGCUCGCUCGCUGGAAUUGCUUUACCACUCAUGCUCUCGGACCCAGCCACUGUACUCCAGAAAACCGUCUCACUGGGUCAGAUGGCGUUAAGAUGCCCAUACCUACAGAGAAUCAUGGAUUCCUUAUCCCACGCUCUCGAGUACCUCACUCAGCCAGCGAAUGAUUCAUGGCCCAAUGGAGGGCCAUUUCCAUCAGACCACCUCGUUGUUUGGGAGAAAGCACGGAGCAAAUGUCGAGCACCACUUUCCACAUCACAUGUGUCAUCCAUGAAACGCACUUUAUCUGCGACAUUCUGGUGCGGCGGAGUCUUACUACAUCUUCGUCUCUCCUUGCGAUUUUGAAACAUAUUUCAGAUUCAUGCUCUUCCUCAAGAGUCUCACGAAAGUACACAAGACAAUAGCUAUUCCCACUCAUUAAUCAAAAGUGUCUUCCAGACGGAAAUUUCUGACAGUCUUUCACAUCCUUCUCAGAUACGAGGGCAGUGUGCAAAUAUGAGCUGUAAAUAUGAAGCAGAAUUAGGCGAAUUCAAUUCUUCGCGCAGCCAGAU